ACCCCUCCACACGCAUAUUCCAAUUUACAAUUUGCGAGGUUUGAUGUUUGAUAUAAACUUAAUGAAUGAAGGAAAGUGUAGAACAAACUACACACAAUGCAUCUAAUAAAAAUGAUUUGAUGAAUUUUAGAUAUUUUAACUGUGUGAAAUCAUAUCAGAAUAGUUCAAUUUAUUUUAUAUAUAUCUUUGGAAAUUAAAUAAUAAGAUGCUAAAGGAAAAAGGGCAAUUGAAAUUUGAAGACAAAUGGCCUCAUAUGGGCCCAAUUGUUUUGAAAUUGCUCAAACAAGAACCGGUUUCACCUGCAGAAUGGCAAGAAUUAUUUUAUGAUGUACACUUAGUAUGUCUUUGGGAUGAAAAAGGGCCGGCGAAGUUACGAGAACAUCUCCAUGAAGACAUAGUAGAUUUCAUUAAACAAGUGCAAACUCGGGUUCUUGCACAUCGUCAAGAAGAAGCAUUAUUGAAGGCAUACAUAGCAGAAUGGAAAAAGUUUUUCACCCAGUGUAAUUAUCUUCCAACGCCAUUCCGGCAACUCGAAAGUAGCUUGCAGGGUAAACCAACAACGUCCAGUUCAAAUGUGCAAAACAAUACUAAUAAAAAAAGUCUGGGAGAUGAGAGCAUGGUCCGAAAGCUUAUGCUAGAUUUGUGGAAUGAAAGUAUUUUUAGUGAUAUAAAACACAGAUUGCAGGAGAGUGCUAUGAAGUUGGUACAUGCGGAGAGGAAUGGGGAAGCUUUCGACUCUCAAUUAGUAAUUGGUGUGAGAGAGUCUUACGUCAACUUGUGUUCCAACACCGAAGAUCGAUUACAAAUCUACCGCGAAAAUUUCGAAGCAGCCUAUAUACAAAGUACCGACCUAUUUUACCGUUUGAAAGCCCCCGAACAAUUGGCGAUCAAUGGUGUUCAAGCUUAUAUGCGAUAUGCGGAUGCCAAGCUUAGAGAGGAAGAAGCAAGAGCCCAACGAUACCUCGAAGCAGGAAGUAAUGGUGUUAUCCAAUGUUGUGUCAAAGUACUCGUCGGCAAUGCUUUGUCGGUGUUACUAGCCGAAUGCGCACCCCUCAUCAGGGCGGGAGAAACGGAGAGGUUACAGUUGAUGUUCAGGUUGUUGGAACGUGUGCCUGAAGGAGUGCAGCCGAUGUUGACUGAAUUGGAGAAUCACAUUACGCAGGCGGGUCUGGCCGAUAUGAUAGCCGCAGCCGAUAUAAUUACUCAGGAUUCGGAGAAGUAUGUGGAAAGAUUACUGGACCUGUUUCGCAAAUUCAGUAAGCUUGUACACGAAGCGUUUUCAGAUGACCCUCGGUUUUUAACGGCCAGAGAUAAGGCUUUCAAGGCUGUGGUGAAUGACACUACUGUCUUCAGGUUAGAACUUAGCAGUGGGAGAAAUAUAGGGACCAAAUCGAUAGCACCCGAAAGUAAAUGUCCCGAACUGUUGGCUAACUACUGUGACAUGCUGCUGAGAAGAACGCCGCUUUCCAAAAGGCUGACUAGCGAAGAAAUUGAAACUAGGUUAAGGGACGUAUUGUUAGUUUUGAAGUAUGUUUCGAAUAAAGAUGUAUUCAUGAGGUAUCAUAAGGCCCAUUUGACAAGGAGAUUAAUUUUAGAUGCAAGCGCAGACAGCGAAAAAGAAGAAGAUAUGGUGGAAUGGUUGAGAGAAGUUGGUAUGCCAGCAGAUUAUGUCAAUAAAUUGGCGAGAAUGUUCCAGGAUAUUAAAGUAAGUGAAGAUCUGAAUGGCCAAUUCAGAACAUCAACUGCCAAGCAUGAUGCAAUCAAUAUUAAAAUAUUGAAUGCAGGUGCCUGGGCAAGGGGAUCUGAAAGAGUAACAGUUAGUUUACCAGUAGAAUUGGAAGACUAUAUACCGGAGGUGGAGGAAUUUUACAAGAAAAAACAUUCAGGGAGAAAAUUACAGUGGUAUCAUCAUAUGAGCAACGGUACCAUAACUUUUGCGACAACUGGUGGAAAAUUCGAUCUGGAUGUCACCACCUUUCAAAUGGCCGUUCUUUUUGCUUGGAAUCAAAGACAGCAUGAUAAAAUAAGUUAUGAGAAUCUCAGAUUAGCCACUGAGUUACCGGACGGAGAGUUGAGGCGAACGUUAUGGUCUUUGGUGGCAUUUCCAAAGUUGAAAAGACAGCUGUUGCUCUUUUCUCCUAGUGCUAAUGCUCCCAAGGAUUUUACCGAACAUACAAUGUUUUGGGUAAACCAGGAUUUUGCCUUAAUCAAGAAUGGAAAACCCCAAAAAAGGGGAAAGGUAAAUUUGAUAGGUCGUCUACAGCUAAGUACUGAACGAUCCCAAUUGGAAGAUAACCAAUCUAUAGUACAAUUAAGAAUACUCAGGACCCAAGAAGCAAUUAUAAAAAUAUUGAAGAUGCGCAAGAGAAUUUCCAAUGUAGCAUUGCAAACUGAACUGGUGGAUAUUCUGAAAAAUAUGUUUCUGCCUUCCAAGAAGAUGAUCAAGGAACAGAUAGAGUGGCUUAUUGAACACAAAUACAUGAGGAGAGAUGAUGAUGAUAUUAAUACUUUUAUUUAUAUGGCAUAAGUUGUUGAUAAUAUUGAUUAAAACAUUUGUUAUAGA